AAAACCAACCCCCAAAGAAAUCGCCAGCAAUAAAGGAAGGAAACAUAAAUAAAUACUCGACUCAGUAGAAAGCUUUUUGAAUUUGAAUUUGAAAUCAAAAUAAAUGAAAUGACACUUUUGUUUUUGGAAAAUUCUCAUAGAAUCUUCUCAAGAAUUUUUAUCUUUUCUUUUUUUACUUAUUAAUUCAUAGCAUAUUAUAUAUUAUACCCACAUAUACAAGUAGACAAUAUAUAUUGCUUUGUUUCCAAGCCAUUAUCUAUAUCUCCACCAUCUCUGCUUUCAAAGGUUUGAUUUGAAUUGAGGAUACAAGUGUCAGGUUUAGGAAUAUGUUGGAAAAGAAACCGUUCCCUGCUUGGUUAAGGUCCGUAGAUCAAUGCCUGAAAGAGUAUAAUGUGAAGCUCGAAAAGGGAUUAUCUUCAUACGAUGUCGAGAAGCAACGGGAAGUUCAUGGUUGGAAUGAGCUUCAAAAGGAAAAGGGAAAACCGUUAUGGCAGCUUGUCAUGGAACAAUUUGACGAUACACUUGUGAAAAUCCUCCUAGUUGCAGCCUUUAUUUCAUUUGUUCUAGCAUACUUUGAGCAAAAUGAAAGAAAAGAAUCUGGAUUUGAAGCCUACAUUGAACCAGUUGUGAUUGUUUUGAUCCUGAUAUUAAAUGCAAUUGUGGGUGUUUGGCAAGAAAGUAAUGCCGAGAAGGCACUUGAAGCAUUGAAAGAUAUGCAAUGUGAAUCAUGUAAGACUAUGAGAGAUGGGUACUUCGUUCCUGAUUUACCUGCUAGAGAACUUGUACCUGGAGAUAUUGUGGAGUUGCGUGUAGGUGAUAAAGUCCCAGCAGACAUGCGCAUUGCAGUAUUAAAAACAUCAACUUUAAGAGUUGAACAAAGCUCUUUAACAGGUGAAUCUGUUCCUGUUUUGAAAGGAACUCAACCCGUGUUACUAAAUGAUUGUGAUUUGCAGGCCAAAGAAAAUAUGGUUUUUGCUGGGACCACGAUUGUCAAUGGGAAUUGUAUAUGCAUAGCUGUGAAUACUGGGAUGGAUUCAGAAAUAGGGCAAAUUCAGAAACAAAUACACGAAGCAUCUCUGGAAGAAUCCGAUACUCCCUUAAAGAAAAAGCUUGAUGAGUUUGGAAAUAAUUUGACAACUGUAAUUGGUGUUAUCUGUCUUGCUGUGUGGGUUAUCAACUACAAGAAUUUCUUGAAAUGGGAAACAGUUAACGGAUGGCCUACAAAUGUUCAGUUUUCAUUUGAAAAGUGCACGUAUUAUUUCAAAAUAGCUGUUGCACUAGCAGUAGCAGCAAUUCCCGAAGGUCUUCCAGCAGUGAUUACAACUUGUUUAGCUCUUGGUACAAGGAAAAUGGCACAGAAGAAUGCAAUCAUGAGGAGACUUGCUAGUGUGGAGACGUUAGGAUGCACAACUGUGAUUUGUUCAGAUAAAACAGGAACAUUGACUACCAAUCAGAUGUCUGUGACGGAGAUUUUCACAUUUGGAGGGAAAACAACGGCUCCUAGGGUGUUUCAUGUGGAGGGGACAACUUAUGAUCCUAAAGAUGGUGGUAUUGUUGAUUGGGAUUGUUUUAAUAUGGACGCUAAUUUGCAAGCUGUGGCUGAAAUUUGUGCUGUUUGUAAUGAUGCCGGAAUACAUUCUGAUGGUCGUGUUUUCAGAAUUACGGGUUUGCCUACGGAAGCUGCUUUGAAGGUGUUGGUAGAAAAGAUGGGGAUCCCAGAUGUCAAAGCGAAAAAUAAAAUUCGCGACUCACAGAUUAUGGCAAAUUAUCUCAUUGAUAACAACAGCGUUCAAUUAGGAUGUUGUGAAUGGUGGACAAAAAGAUCAAAGAGGGUUGGCACUUUGGAGUUUGACCGCAUUCGUAAGUCCAUGAGUGUUAUUGUUGGUGAGCCAACUGGACAGAAUCGAUUGCUUGUCAAGGGUGCGCUAGAGAGUCUACUAGAACGUAGUUCACAUGUUCAACUUGCAGAUGGGUGUGUUGUUCCCAUGGACGAACCUUCUAGACAGUUAUUGCUUUCAAAACAUGCGGAAAUGAGUUCAAGAGGGUUACGGUGUUUAGGCUUGGCUUAUAAAGACGAUCUCUGUGAGCUUUCAGAUUAUAAUAGUGAACAUCAUCCGAGCCACAAGAAAUUGCUGGAUCCCACUUGCUACCAUUCUAUUGAAACUGACCUUGUCUUUGUCGGAGUCGUUGGUCUUAGGGAUCCCCCUCGUGACGAAGUGAAAUCUGCCAUUGAAGAAUGCCAUGGAGCUGGAAUUAAAGUGAUGGUGAUAACAGGAGACUAUAAGUCAACAGCUGAAGCCAUCUGUAAGGAAAUUGGAUUGCUCUGUGAAGGAGAGGACAUGAGAGGUAAAAGUUUUACAGGUAAAGAGUUUAUGGGGUUGUCUUCUUUACAACAAAUGGAUAUUUUGGCAAAACCUGGGGGGAAAGUGUUCUCUCGUGCUGAACCGAGGCACAAGCAAGAGAUAGUGAGGAUGCUUAAGGAUAUGGGUGAUGUCGUUGCAAUGACGGGAGAUGGUGUCAAUGAUGCCCCUGCUUUGAAACUUGCUGAUAUAGGAAUUGCUAUGGGCAUAACUGGAACAGAGGUUGCUAAAGAGGCUUCAGAUAUGAUUUUAGCUGAUGAUAACUUUAGUACCAUUGUUUCUGCUGUUGGUGAGGGUCGUUCAAUUUAUAACAACAUGAAAGCUUUUAUCAGAUACAUGAUAUCAUCGAAUAUUGGAGAGGUUAUAUCUAUAUUCUUAACUGCUGCACUUGGGAUACCUGAAGUCAUGAUACCUGUGCAACUUCUAUGGGUUAAUUUAGUCACCGAUGGUCCACCUGCUACUGCUCUUGGUUUUAACCCUGCUGAUGUUGAUAUAAUGAGGAAACCACCUCGUAAAAGUAGCGACCCUCUUAUAGAUUCAUGGGUUCUGUUUCGGUACUUGGUAAUUGGUUGUUAUGUGGGCAUAGCAACUGUUGGUGUCUUCAUUUUAUGGUACACUCAGCCGUCCUUCAUGGGUAUCGAUCUAGUAGGAGAUGGGCAUACACUUAUUUCAGUAUCUCAGCUAAGAAACUGGGGAGAGUGCUCUUCUUGGCCUGAUUUCUCAGUGACACCAUUUUCAGUAGGCGGCAACCGAGUAAUCAAUUUCUCAGACCCGUGUGACUAUUUCACCACUGGAAAAGUUAAAGCAAUGACUUUGUCUCUCUCUGUAUUGGUGGCUAUCGAAAUGUUUAAUUCCCUAAAUGCCCUUUCUGAAAACAACAGUUUGUUAACAAUGCCACCUUGGAGGAACCCAUACCUUCUUGUUGCCAUGGCUGUUUCCUUUGGGCUUCACUGUUUGAUUCUAUAUGUUCCUUUUCUAUCAAACGUGUUUGGUAUCGUUCCACUGGGUUUGAGUGAAUGGGUUUUGGUUAUCUUGGUUUCAGCACCCGUGAUCCUUAUUGAUGAACUGCUGAAAAUUUUGUCAAGAAGCAGAAAAUGGACGACAAAAGUAAAGACAGCGUAAUUAAUAAACACACACCGGAUAUGUAUUUUAGUACUCUUUGUUUAGUUUCCUAGAUUGUACACCUAGCUUUUCAAUCCUUUGUUUGUUUCUUCCUGAUAGCGUAAAGCUAAUGUGAAGUUGGAUCUGGUUUGUACAGUUUUGAAGCACAAUAAUGGAAAAAAAUUUAUGAUUGUACUAAAGGACUGCAUUUGUUUUUAGCUUGAAAAGUAGUUCUGAUUUCUGAAUGUAA